UAAUAUUUCGAUUUGAUUUCGAUCGACUAAAUUGACAUUCAGUUUCGGAAUAGGAAAUAGAUGUGUGGAGGGGAGAUUGUUUCGGCUUGUGGGAAAUGUACGAAUAUCGCAGAUUUUUCAAAUAUAAUGUGAAUUGAAAAGAACAUAUCCUUACUUAAACUUCAAUGACACGAUCCUUACGUUAUCGUAUUAGUUUUUGUUGCCCAAUAAUCAACAUUUAUUAGUAAAUUCAAGUGUAAAAUCCAUUGAAUAUCGAAAUAUCGCCACUGCGUCUUCAUGAAUUGUUUUUAUUAUUGAUAUUUUUUUAUUUUCGUAUAAAUUACGUAAAUCGAAGCCUAAUUUUGUUAUUAUUUAAUAAAAAAAGUGCUUUAAGUAUCUGUAAGCUCAAUUAAGUGUUUAUUUAACAGUAAAGUGUUAAAAAAUAAAAUAAAAAAUAUAGUCGCGUGUUGCGGUGAUAUUAAAUUUGAAAAUCGAAUUGCAAAAUGUCUGACGGUCAUGGGGAACCAAAUCAAAAUAGAAAAGAGAGUGUCGCGAAUGCUAACGUGGCAAGCGAUAGUCCAGUUACCGAUCCUGGUCAGGUCCGAGGCGGGAAUACGGAUGGAUCAGCGGGAAAAUUCGAGGGCCAGCGAGUGAAAUCUGGUGCUUUGAAGAAGUCAGCGAGAUAUAGGAGCAGAUCCCUAUCAGCGUCAUCUGCCGAUUCCUACAGCUCAACAUCUUAUACUGGGUCGUCCUCGGAUGAAGAUGAAGGCGUCCAACCCCACGAAAAGGCGAUCGCAGCCGGACAGCCAAACCCACCGUACUGUGUUCGUAACAUCGAGCAGCACGACCUCGGAAGGCGGGAGAUACAGAUAGCGGAACAGGAGAUGCCUGGGAUCAUGGCGCUGAGAGCGAGGGCUAAAGAUGACAAGCCAUUGAAAGAUGCUAAGAUCGUAGGGUGUACGCACAUCAACGCUCAAACCGCAGUCUUGAUAGAAACUCUAGCUGCCCUCGGUGCGACCGUUCGCUGGGCGGCUUGCAACAUUUACAGCACCCAGAAUGAGGUUGCUGCCGCUCUGGCUCAUGCUGGUUUCGCGAUAUUCGCGUGGCGUGGGGAAAGCGAGGAGGCGUUCUGGUGGUGUAUCGACCAGUGCGCCGCGCCCUCGACAUCCUGGCAGCCUAAUAUGAUCCUGGACGAUGGGGGCGACGCCACACAUCUCAUGCUCAAGAAACACGCCACGACCUUCAAGCAGAUCAAGGGUAUAGUAGAAGAAAGCGUUACGGGAGUACACAGACUGUACCAGCUCAGUAAAGCGGGAAAGUUGUGCGUGCCCGCUAUGAACGUGAAUGAUUCUGUGACCAAGACGAAGUUUGAUAAUUUGUACUCUUGUAGGGAGAGCAUAAUCGACGCCCUCAAGCGCAGCACGGACCUGAUGUUCGGAGGCAAGCAGUCCGUGGUGUGCGGCUACGGCGAGGUCGGCAAGGGCUGCUGCCAGGCGCUCAAGGCGCUGGGAUGCGUCGUGUACGUGACAGAAAUAGAUCCGAUUUGUGCGUUACAAGCCGCGAUGGACGGCUUCAGAGUUGUUAAAUUGAAUGAGGUGAUAAGGCAAGUAGACAUCGUGAUAACGGCGACGGGAAACAAGGGCGUGGUGACUCGCGAACACAUGGAGCGCAUGAAGAACGGCUGCGUGGUGUGCAACAUGGGCCACAGCAACACCGAGAUAGACGUGCACGCGCUGCGCACGCCCGACCUGCUGUGGGAGCGCGUGCGGAGCCAGGUGGACCACAUAAUCUGGAGCAACGGUAAACGCAUCGUUUUACUGGCGGAAGGCCGACUUGCCAACCUGUGCUGUUCAUCGUUACCGUCCUUCGUGGUAUCAGUGACGGCCGCAACUCAGGCACUUGCCCUCAUUGAACUUUAUAACGCCCCUAAUCAUAGAUACAAGGCGGACGUGUAUCUCCUACCUAAGAAAAUGGACGAGUACGUGGCAAGCUUACAUUUACCGACUUUCGAUGCGCAUUUGACUGAACUAACCGACGAGCAGGCGAAGUACCUGGGUCUCAACAAAGUGGGGCCGUUCAAACCUAACUACUAUAGGUAUUAGUCUAGAUCUAGGUGCCUAUCGCUUCGCUUCUAGUGUUUCACGAGUACAAAGUAUUGUUUUUUUUUUUUGAAGUUAUAUUUCUUUUGGCGCGUUAGGGAAUAAUGAUGAGAGUAAAUUUUUAAUGCGCGCGCACAUUGUCACAAAAAAACCGAUACCCUGAAGUUAGCUAAUUAACGA